AUGCCACGACAAUCAUCACGCUUACAAAGGACCCCAACAGGCGGCCAAAGUCCCUCACCGGAAACACGACCAAGACGUGUUGCCUCCAAUACGCACGCUGUUGUCUCGCGCGAAAACCUAGGGUUUGCUGGACGACCCAGAGGAGCUUUGAGAUUGAUCGUCAAAAUGCCGAGCAGUAGAUUACGGCAGGCCACUUCGGCCCGUGACAGCCCAGAAAAGGAUACAUCUGUCCCCACAUCAAGAGCUACCCGUAACAAGCCAAGGAAAAGCUAUGUGAUGGAGAGCGAAACUGAUGACGUCGAUGCUGAGGGUGAAGAGGAUGAAGAUGCGGUCAUGUCAGAUGUGAGCGAAGAAGCCCCACCUUCUGGAGCCAGGACGCGGGGAUCAAGGGCCACUCAAUCUCGCGACAUUUCAGCGAUCGACGAAGAAGAUGAGGAUGAGGAUGAGGAGGAAGAAGAGGAGGAGGAAGAGGACGCUGAGGGCGACAUCGACAUGGAUGACGAUGAUGCAGACGACGGGGUUCCGCUUGGCGCAGCAGCUCCGGCUCUCACCACAACAACAUCAUUGAAAAUCAAGGGUCCAGCUGCACCACAGCAACAGCCAAAAGUGACCGUCACCCCAGCGCAGGACACCAAAUUCAAAUCAGUCGAAGACAAGGAAAUGGAAGUCGACGACGACGACGACGAUGAAGAACUUUCAGAGCUAGGAUCUGAUGAGGACGAAGACGAAGAAAAUGACGAUGAAGAUGCCGAGGGCGAAGAGGACGUCGAGGACAUGGAAGAAGGAGAUGAAAGCCGCAGCCCAGCAGGCGAUUCCAGCCGAGCCAGCACGCCCGACAUCAGUAAAAUGACGAAACGGCAACGAAGUAGAUAUGAUCAGGUGAUGGGCAGUGACUUUCUGCAGCUUCCUAUGGAACCCCAAAUCAAAAAACACCUCACAGCAGAAGAACACGCGAUGCGCCGCUCGGAAAUGGCGCGCCGCCGCAAAAACCUCUCCGAAAAGCGCAACGAGGAGGAAAAAGCCGACACCAUAAACCGGCUUCUCAAAAAACAAGCGCCUAAGCGUAGGGGCAAGAUUAGUAAGGAGGAGAUGCUGGCGCAGGAUCGGGAGGAUGAUGAGGAGGAGGUGGGGGAGGGGGAGCGAGUGAUGGGGGGAGUGGGGAAGGGGUUCGCGAGGGUGGUGGAGGAAAAUGUGGCCCCUGCUAAUCCUGUUUAUGUUAGGUGGGUCAGUGGGAAGGGAGGUAGUAGGGUGGGCGUGCCGAGGGAGUGGUUGGAGGGGCCGGCGGGGAGGGUGUUUGUUGGUGCGGGUGCGGGGGCUGGAGAGGGAGGAGGGUUGGGUGGUGGGAGGAUGGUGGAGGAGGUGGAGGGGUGA